AUGGCGGCGCAGCUGGUGGCGGUUGGGGCUCGGAUGCUCCUGCAAGUGGUGGAGGUGGGGGUGGAUGGGGCGCUGAUGGUGGCCGUAGUGGUGGGAGAGGAAGAGGUGGCGGUGGCUGGGGCGGAUCUGGCGGUGGCGGCGGUGGCUGGGGCGGAUCUGGCGGCGGCGGCGGCGGUUGGGGCGGAUCUGGCGGCGGCGGCGGUGGCUGGGGCGGAUCUGGCGGCGGCGGCGGUGGCUGGGGCGGAUCUGGCGGCGGCGGCGGCGGUCGCGGCCGCGCCUUGGGCAGCGCAUGGAACGAGGGCGACGCUGGAUGGCGUGGUGCUUCAACAGGUGCACGUGUAA